UCGACCUCCCGGCUCCGCCCUCGGCGUUCGGAUGAAGAUGGCGGCCUCCAUUCGGGUAAAGCUGUAUCCCCGCGGCCGAGGACUGCGGCUGCACACAGCGGCCGAAGUCGCGACUCCUGCGGCCGAGAUAGCCCCGCCCGCCGCCUCGACAGCGCGGUAUCCGCCGGCGGUGGCCUCCCUGACGGCAAAAAGCAAGGCAGCCCGACAGCGUCGGGUGGACCGGUGGCAUCAGCAGGCCCACGACGCGCCCUCGGUGGAGGCGAAGCUGCGCGUGCUCACGAAGGUGCAGCGCCCCAAGUACGUCGUGUACCCGCAGACCUACGCCCUCAGUGCAGACCGCUGGUACCAAAGCUUCACCAAGACCGUCUACCUGAGCGGCCUGCCCCUGCCCCGGCCCCCUGGCCCUGGCGAGCCCGGUGGCCUGCCCGAUCUGGCCCCCCUGCGCUCCGCCGUGUGCGACUGCCUCCUGCAGGAGCACUUCCACCUGAAGCGCAAGAAGCGGGCCCCGCCGUACCAGCAGCAGGAGUUUGUGGCCUCUCCCUUCCUACACCAGCUCGUGAUCUCCCUGACCGGGCUGCUGACCCCCCACAACCCGAGUCUCUCGGCCGCUGCCCUGGAUUUUCAACGGCCGGUUCAUUUUUAUUGGUGGUGUGGUGAAGAAAUUAUUUCAAAAGGUUAUCGUAAAGGUAGAAUUGAUGCAUUACGAUACCAGAUAAAUGAUAAACCACAUAGCCAGAUUCGUAUACAGAAACAACUUUCAGAGUUUGUGCCAUUGGAUUACUCGGUGCCAGUGGAAAUUCCUGUUAUUAAUUGUAAACCAGAUAAACUUCCAUUAUUCAAACGACAGUAUGAAAAUAACAUAUUUAUUGGCACAAGAUUAGCAGAUCCAUGCUGUUAUGGUCACACUCAGUUUCAUUUGUUACCUGACAAACUAAAAAGGGAGAGACUCUUGAAGAACAAUCGUGGUGAUCAAAUAGAAGUUGGUUAUCGAGCGAAUGCCAUUGCCAGUCUUUUUGCUUGGACUGGGGCACAGGCUAUGUAUCAAGGAUUCUGGAGUGAAGCUGAUGUUACCCGUCCAUUUGUCUCCCAGGGUGUAGUUACAGAUGGAAAAUACUUUGCCUUCUUUUGUUACCAGUUAAAUACUUUGGCACUUACUGCACAGGCUAAUCAGAAUAACUCUCGUAAGAAUAUAUGUUGGGGGACAGAGAGCAAGCCUCUUUUUGAAGUUAUCGAAGAUGGUGAUGUUAAAGGCUUCAAUGAUGAACUUUUGCUUCAGUUGAUUCAAUUUCUAAUGAACAGACCAGAAGAACAUAAAUCACAACUAUUAUAAAGACUGUUGGAAUUCAUAAAGCUCACUGAAUGUAAAAUAAAUCAUUUAUGAUUUGGUAUAAUUGUUAAUAUAAAGAUCUGGAAUAAAUUUUAGAAAUAAUUCUUA